AUGAUGUAUGUAUCGGGCGAAACGGGAGAGCCUUCUGUCGAGACGACAGGCAUCAUCGAGGAUAUUGUGCGCCAGCAAGUUAUCGAGAUUCUUAGGAACUGUACGGAACUGGCGGCGCGGCGCGGAUCGCGUUCCAUCACCAUCAACGACCUUAUCUUUCAGAUCCGCGACGACGCCCCGAAGGUUUCUCGGCUCCGCACUUUCCUCUCGUGGAAAGAUGUGCGUAAGAACGUCAAGGACUCGGAUGACAAGGGCGGAGAGGCGGACUUGGGCGCCGGAGAGGAUCCCAGCGGUGGCGUGGUUGCCGGCGGCCCCGUUGACGACACGGCAAAGAAGAACAAGAAGGCCAAGGUUGGGCUCCCCUGGGAACCGGCCUCUUUUUUCCCUGCCGAGGUACCGGAGCGGGAGGACGAGGAAGACGAGGAAGAAGAGGAGAUGAACCACAUCACGCUGCAGCGGCUGCGUAAGGCCGACGAGCGGACCAAGGCCAUGACCAAAGAGGAAUACGUUACCUGGUCCGAAUACCGCCAGGCAUCUUUUACCUACCGCAAGGGCAAGCGGUUCCGCGAGUGGGCCGGCUUCGGCAUUGUUACGGAUAGCAAACCGUCGGACGACAUUGUAGAUAUCCUGGGUUUUCUGACCUUUGAGAUGGUGCAGACGCUGACGGAGGAGGCGCUCAAGAUCAAGGAGAACGAAGAUCAGUAUCGCGAGCGCACGGGAGAGAACGCGGGAAAGAAACGCAAGCUGCCUGGCGGCGGCGGCCUGUUCGACCCCCCUAGCGAGGGCCGCAGCCCGGUCGAGCCCCGCCACAUUCAGGAAGCCUUUCGUCGACUGCAGCAGCGGCCCAAGAAGUUGAGGGCUAUGCUCAACGGCACGAGGCUGCAGCAGAGGACGAUGCUCAAGUUGAUUUGA